AUGAACGACCAGAAUUGGAGAAAUAUAUCAAAUGAAUUAAGACGUAGAGCAGAACAAGCUCGUUCUUCAUCUGGAGGUAAAAUGCCAAAGUCACCAACGGGUAUUUUUGGUGGUAUUGGUGGAUUGCUUAUUCUUGGGGGAGCAACCAUGUUCCUUCAAAAUGCAUUAUUCAACGUUGAUGGUGGUCAAAGAGCAAUUUUGUACUCCAGAAUUGGUGGUGUUCAAUCCAAGAUUUAUCCAGAAGGUACUCAUUUUGUCGUUCCAUGGUUACAACGUCCUAUUAUCUAUGAUGUCCGUGCUAAACCAAAGGAAUUAGCAUCAUUGACUGGUACUAAAGAUUUACAAAUGGUUAACAUCACUUGUCGAGUUUUAUAUAAGCCUGAUGUCUGGCAAUUACCAACAAUCUUUAGAACUUUGGGUUUGAACUAUGAAGAAAAAGUUUUGCCAUCCAUUGUUAACGAAGUUUUAAAAUCUGUUGUUGCCCAGUUUAAUGCUUCACAAUUAAUCACUCAAAGAGAAAAAGUUUCCAGAUUAGUUAGAGAAAACUUGGUUCGUCGUGCUUCUAAAUUUAACAUUUUAUUGGAUGAUGUUUCCCUAACCAGUAUGUACUUUUCUCCAGAAUUCAGUCAAGCUGUUGAAGCUAAACAAGUUGCUCAACAAGAUGCCCAAAGAUCACAGUUCUACGUUGCAAAAGCUAUUCAAGAAAAGGACCAACUUAUUGUUACCGCUUCUGGUGAAGCUAAAGCUGCUGAGUUGAUUGGUGAAGCUAUUAAGAAAUCCAAAGAUUAUGUUGAAUUGAAGAGAUUGGAUACUGCUAGAGAAAUUGCCCGUAUCUUAGCUUCUUCUCCAAACAGAAUCAUAUUAGACAAUGACACUUUAUUGUUGAACACUGUCACCGAUACUCGUAAAUAA